GAACAGGUGGGCCGUCAAGCCAAUUGUGCCAAUAUAUAGCCGGAAACCGACGAUGUUUGAGUGUCCCUCAGGCUUUUGAGACCAAGAACAGAGUAAAGAGAAGCUCUUCACAAUCACAAUGGCACCAAAGAAGGCCAAGAAGAAGGAAGCUGCCAGCUCCAAUGUGUUUAGCAUGUUUGAGCAGUCACAGAUCCAGGAGUUUAAAGAGGCUUUCACCAUCAUGGACCAGAACAGAGAUGGCUUUAUUGACAAAAACGACCUGAGGGACACAUUUGCUGCUCUGGGACGUCUCAACGUUGGCAACGAUGAGCUUGAUGAGAUGCUAAAGGAAGCCUCCGGCCCCAUUAACUUCACCGUCUUCCUCACCAUGUUUGGAGAGAAGCUCAAAGGUACAGACCCCGAGGAGACUAUUCUUAAUGCCUUUAAGAUCUUCGACCCAGAGGGCACAGGAAUCCUUAAAGGAGAUGAGAUCAAAUAUCACCUUAUGUCCCAGGCUGACAAAUUUACUGAGGCUGAGGUAAACCAGAUGUUCACAAACUUCCCCUUGGAUGUGGCUGGCAACUUGGACUACAAAAACCUGUGCUACGUCAUCACCCACGGAGAGGAUAAGGAACAGGAGUAAAAACUACAUUUCCCAUGUUUCUCCAUGUUUGUUCAUGUCCAUUUGUGUGUUGUCUUCCUCUUAAGCUCUGUACCUGUGCCUUUUGUCAAUAAAGAAAUAAAAAAAAUUAAA